CAUUAAACUAACUAAUUCAUUCAAGUUGUUAUUGUGAUUAAAAUGUCUUCCCACCUUCUCACAAAUUCUUUUCUUCCUCUGCUCUCAUCUAAACCCACAAAAUCGUCUACUACUACUACUACUACUAAUAAUAAUAAUAAUAAUAUUAAGCAAUCGUUUUAUGUUGCUGAUUGUUGUGGGGAUGAAGAGAGGCUGCAUUCAAUGACGGUCAAGAUGAGCCAUGGUGGAGGAGGAGUGAAGGCUUUGAAAUUCACGGGAGACAAGCCAUCCACUCCCAUUUUGGAUACCAUCAACUAUCCAAUCCACAUGAAAAAUCUUUCCGUCGAAGAGCUUCAAGAAUUGUCCGACGAGAUUCGAGAAGAAAUCGUUUACACGGUUUCCAAGACGGGUGGUCACCUGAGUUCGAGCUUGGGUGUGGCGGAGCUGACGGUGGCACUUCACCAUGUGUUUGCCACCCCUGAAGACAAGAUUAUUUGGGAUGUGGGUCAUCAGGCGUAUGCACAUAAGAUGUUGACGGGGAGAAGGGGGAGGAUGCAUACAAUCCGCCAAACCUUCGGCCUAGCCGGUUUUCCCAAGAGAGAAGAGAGUGUUCAUGAUGCAUUUGGUGUCGGCCAUAGUUCUACCAGCAUUUCUGCUGGUUUAGGGAUGGCAGUAGGUAGAGACAUACUAGGGAAAAACAACCACGUAGUAUCGGUGAUAGGCGACGGAGCGAUGACCGGGGGAAUGGCUUACGAGGCACUUAACAACGCAGGCUAUCUAGACUCAAACCUCAUCAUAAUUUUAAACGAUAACAGACAAGUUUCAUUACCAACCGCCACCAUCGACGGUCCAGCUGCGCCGGUGGGUGCUCUAAGCAAGGCACUAACAAAGCUCCAAGCGAGUAAAAAGCUUCGACAACUAAGGGAGGCAGCUAAGGCAGUGACAAAACAGAUGGGAGGUGAGACGCAUGGAAUUGCAGCAAAAGUAGAGCAUUGUGUGAGAGGAAUGGUGGGAGGAACAGGGGCAUCGCUAUUUGAAGAGCUUGGAAUAUAUUAUAUAGGUCCGGUGGAUGGGCAUAAUGUGGAAGAUCUCGUGUAUAUAUUGAAGCAAGUUAAGGCUAUGCCGGCCCCUGGGCCUGUUCUCAUUCAUGUUAUUACUGAGAAAGGCAAAGGAUACCCUCCUGCGGAGAUUGCUGCCGACAAAAUGCACGGAGUGGUGAAUUUCGAUCCGAAGUCAGGGAAACAAAUGAAGAAGAAGACCGAAACUCUUUCUUAUACUCAAUACUUUGCUGAUUCAUUGAUAGCAGAGGCAGAGAGAGAUGACAAAAUCGUAGCAAUUCAUGCCGCCAUGGGAGGUGGAACUGGUCUCAACUAUUUCCAGAAACGAUUCCCCGAUCGUUGCUUCGACGUUGGCAUCGCCGAGCAACAUGCUGUUACCUUUGCUGCUGGCCUCGCCACCGAAGGCCUCAAACCUUUCUGUGCUAUUUACUCUUCCUUUCUACAAAGAGCCUAUGAUCAGGUAGCUCAUGAUGUAGAUCUUCAAAAGCUUCCAGUAAGGUUUGCAAUAGACAGAGCAGGGCUAGUUGGAGCAGAUGGCCCAACUCAUUGCGGAGCAUUUGACACAACUUUCAUGGCAUGUUUACCAAAUAUGGUGGUGAUGGCUCCUUCAAAUGAGGAAGAGCUAAUGAACAUGGUGGCCACGGCGGCCGCCAUCGACGACAGACCCAGCUGCUUUAGGUACCCAAGAGGAAAUGGCAUUGGCUCUGUUCUUCCCCUUAACAACAAAGGCACUCCAUUGGAGGUGGGGAAGGGAAGGAUCUUAAGAGAAGGAAACAGAGUGGCCAUUUUGGGGUAUGGAACAAUUGUACAAAGCUGCUUGGCUGCGGCGAACGUGCUACAAGAGUACGGUAUUCAAAUAACAGUAGCCGAUGCGCGAUUUUGCAAGCCGUUAGAUGGAGAAUUGGUGAAGCAAUUGGCAAGACAACAUGAGAUACUCCUCACUGUUGAAGAAGGAUCCAUUGGAGGCUUUAGCUCUCAUGUUUCUCACUUUCUUGGAUUGAAUGGAUUGCUGGACGGGAAGCUCAAGUGGAGGGCAUUAGUACUUCCUGAUAGGUACAUUGACCAUGGAUCACAGAAAGAUCAAACCCAAGAAGCAGGAUUGAGUUGGAAGGAUAUAGCAGCAACUGUUUUAUCACUAAUAGGAAAAGGCAAAGAUUGCUUUCAACUUGUGAAUUUAUAAAUAUUGUUCAAGGAUUUAUGAGUAAUGGCCUUGUUGUUGAUCCAUAUCGUUGGUUGUAUUUGUAGUUAAAAUUAUGUACAUAACAAUAAAUUUUUGUUUAGGAAUAUAUUGGAUAAGGGUUAAUUAGAAUACUAAAAUUUGGUAGUUAGGAGGUUUUGGCCCAAACCCUCAAAUAGGUUUCAACACUAAUUGGGCUUCAAUUGUUAGUCUAUCCAUGCCUGUAAUUGUAAGAUAAGUUUGAAAUAUCAUAAUAGAUAUAAGAAAAAUCAUUAGGUGUCA